AUGAUAAUUCAUAACAAGCAGUCAAGACCGGACAAUGAAAACGAUGAUCUAGAGCUUCUCUUCAAUCUGAAAGCAAAUCACACAUCAAAAGAAGACUUGGUACAUCUUUUACAGCUCAUGCCCGAUGAUUAUGCGCUGGUCAGCGAGUUGAAGAAAUUUGGGUUGGACGGGAUGGUAAAGGUAAGUGAGAAACUGCUCGCCAUGAAUGUAAAAGGUUAUAGCGCAUGGUAUUAUAGAGAAUGGGUAAUGAGGAAGUGUGCUGGUAGUUGCCGUGAAAAGAUGCCAGACGAAGCUAAAGGAAGACAAACGUGUGAUGAUUGGUGGGAUGGUGCCAAGCUUACAACGAUCAUUGGUAACACGUCAAAAAAGGAACAAACUGCACCCGAAGAACGCAGAGAAUUGCUGUUAAUCAGGCAGCUGCUCGUUUACGACAGCAGAAAUUUUCAUUGCUGGAAGUAUCUGCUAUCGAUGAACAAAACAACCGAGUUUGCCACGUUUUGUCUUAAAAAUGACAUUCAAAACUAUUCAGCACUUCAUUACGUCCGGGACCACGGACUGACGUAUUGGAACGGACUCGUUGAAGCACAAAAUGAGGGCAUGUUCUACAAAAUGAAGUAUCCGAAAGCGUUUAGGAUGCGAAUAGUGCGAUCAGAAAGCAGAUAUGACUUUGCUUUUCUAUUUAGAGAACUGUUUUAUGGAAGCAUACUGUGGGAAGGAAGAUCCCUGGCACUGAACGGUGAGAUAUUUUACGAAAUCAAGAAUGUGAGCACCGAUAGGGUGUACACGCAGCUAAAAUGUGACAAAUGGUCAUACUCUGGUUGGUUACAGUGGGGACACGGUGAUUGCGGAGAUGUGAAUGUAAUUGUUGAAGGUCCGUGUAUGGGUUGUGAUGAAAGGAUUGCUGGCGAACCGUGCAGUUGUAAAAAGAAAAGCAACGGCGUAAGCUCAGGCGGUAAUUGGAAAGGAAUCAGAGGCGAGCGCAGUAAUUUCAAGCAGCAAAAACACGAAUCUGAAUCUUCCAGCUGUUCAUGUGAUGACCAUAUCAUAACAGCGGUGUACGAGAAGGAAAAGGUGGUGCUUAACGAUCUGAAGGGCACAAACAGGUUUUUACUGGUACGUCUGUUGGAGCGUAUGAGGUGUCACAGGGCAAUGAUGAAGAACAAGUUGAAGGAGUUGGACGGGAUGAGAAAAAAUUUCUAUGAAAUUAUUAAUUGGUGGGAGGUUGAUGUUCAUGAUGGUUUACAGUACAAUAGAAGGAAUAAACAGUGAAAUGUGUUUAUUAAUUCACAUUGUGGUGGAGUAAGUAGCCGAUCUGUGGUAAUAUUGGCAGUUCGUUGUAGUUAGCAUUCCUAUAAAAAAUAUUUAUAGUUUGUGUCCUAUGUCUACGUUAGACAUGCUGAACAACAAGAAAGGUGUAGUUUAUCGAUGAUAUUUCUAAAUGCGAGGAGGAUAAGAGUAAAAUGUGUGGCAUUUACUUCGGAAGUGCUAAUUAUGGAUCGAAUACCAAACAUGUUUUCUUUGCUACGUAGUAGGUUUUUAGGAAUUAUCUUUUUUUGAAAAUUCUUGGAAAGAAGCGUUUUUGAAGUGCUUCUGGGGAUAUUGCUCAAACCACGGCUUGUGAGUUAAGGUCAUUGCUACGAUUGCAGCAUGCCUUUAUGUUAUGUUGAUGAUGUACAUAAAUGUACUAGCAAGCUGGUGCGCUGAUUUCGUCUAUGAACCAAGGAUCAAUUAUUACGUUCGGUCCAAGUGGUACAAAAAAGCAUGUUGGUUUAAGU